AUGGCUACCCGAUCCUCCAAGGACCUCGCUGAGUCGAGUGAAGUUUUGGCUGAAAACGAAGGUACGAAGACUUUCAGCAUGUCACUUUGUCUGUGUGAAGAAGUUAAUCAGAGACGUGAUCAAGACACGUUCAACUCGCCGGACUACUGCACCCAAAUGCAAAUCCGUUACACCUGCGGCCACACCAUCGGUGGAGAGUUUGUCAAAUGCCAGAAGCACUUGCCCCGCGAGGAUGACCGAUGCGCCGCUAUCAAUAUUCAACAUGUCGAAGCCAAAUCUUCACCUCACAAGUGCCGAAACUGCUUGCACACCCCGACCGUUGAAGGAUAUGUUCAAAAUGUGAAUCCUGGACGAUGA